UGUCGGUAAUGCCACGUGGACGAAACCCACCAAGCUAGUAUAUAAUGAUAUCAUCGUUUAUGCCAAAUCCAUCAUCAGCUAAUCAAAGUGUGAGAGAAAAUGAGAAAAACAGAAAGUGUUAUGACGUUUUCCCCUCUGGUGGUUCUUGCAUUAAGCUUGUUUACUAUAGCAAUUGUGGAGGCGGCAGUGACGCUGCAGCCACCGGUGAAGCUGCAGUGGCAGUAUUACAAGAGGAACACCUCAUGCCCUGAUGCAGAGGUGUACAUAAGGCAUCAAAUAGAGCAGUAUUGGAAACAAGAUAAAUCCAUUACUCCAAAGCUUCUCCGGCUGCUCUACUCAGAUUGCUUUGUUACUGGCUGCGAUGCAUCAAUUCUUCUUGAUGGACCAAACUCAGAGAAAACUGCACCACAGAACAGAGGUCUGGGUGGAUUUGCACUCAUAGACAAGAUCAAACAAGUUCUUGAACAAAGGUGCCCUGGAGUUGUCUCUUGUGCUGAUAUUCUUAACCUAGCUACCAGGGAUGCUGUUCAUUUGGCAGGUGCACCAUCUUAUCCUGUAUACACAGGAAGAAGGGAUGGGAUGUCGUCAAGCUCAGCAUCAGUAGACCUCCCAUCACCGUCCAUCCCAUUAUCGAAGGCAUUGGCUUAUUUCAAAUCUAAAGGCUUAGAUGUGCUAGAUUUUGCUACCCUCUUAGGGGCACACUCAUUGGGAAAAACACACUGCAGCUUUGUUGAGGACCGGUUGUACAAUUUCGGUAAUACAGGAAAGCCAGAUCCAAACAUGGACCCAGCAUUUGCAGCUGAGAUGAGAAAGCUAUGUCCACCCAGAACCAAAAAGGGCCAAUCUGAUCCUCUGGUGUUUCUAAAUCCUGAAUCUGGCUCUAACUACAAAUUCACAGAGACUUUCUACCAGGGGGUUUUGUCCUACAAAUCUGUCCUUGGAGUUGACCAGCAGCUGCUAUUCAGUAAUGACACAUUAGACAUAACACAAGAAUUUGCUGCUAAUUUUGAAGACAUGAGGAGAUCAUUUGCGCUGUCAAUGAAUCGGAUGGGAAAUAUCGAUGUUCUAACAGGAUAUGCAGGGGAGAUACGGCGAAAUUGCCGGGUCGUCAACAAGAAAUAACAGAAUAACACUGAAUAUAUUAUCUUUAUAAGGAUAAAUUUAUCAACAUAAACAUACUCCGCAAUAUGAUAAUUAAAUGAUAUUGUUUUGUCAAGGAUAGAGCAAAAAACCAAAAUAUAAUAAAAGCAUGAACAUGAAGAAUCUGUUUUUCCAUCCACAAAUAAAAUACAUCAAUACUACUUGAAGUUACAGACUUGAUUUUGAUGUUUAGACCUCUACAAUCAUUUGAUCGUGUUGUCUCCAACAAGUUUGAGUGCACUUUUUAGUUUCAUAUAUAAACAAAAGGGCAAGGAUCAAAAUUGUCAAU